AUGACUUUUGUUUGCAGCACUUGCCAUAUUGUAUAUAACUCUCCAGAAGCCAAUAGUAUCAUUUUUGCAAUUUCAGUGGAAUCUUCAGGUGAUAGAUCUCCAUGUCCUACGGCCCAGCAAUCUGAUUACAAGGACCAAGUGGAUGAGUCCCUCAGACGCCAGGAGGAGCAGAUUUCACAACUGGAGAUAGUGAAUCAAAUUUCUACCAUUGAGCCGGGAUCAUCAGAGGCGUCACUAGCCGACAUUGUGCGUCUCUUUGAGACCAUCUAUGUACUGGUCCGUGACUUAGAUGAUGCCACGAAGUCGUUGCUCCCUCGCCUUACGGGAGGGAUCCAGUCACUGUCAACCAGGGUAAGUCCUUCGCAUUUGACGGAUACUCCUACAGCCUUUUUGUGUCAUCGUAGUCACGCCCUCCAGAACGCCAUUGCAUUGCAUCUAAGCGGCAACUAA